CCGCGCGCGGAGAUUCGAUGUUCGAAGCAGCUCGCGCGCCCCAGCUCAGUUUCCGUCCUCGUGCAGAACAGAUCGCCACGGAUCAAUAACCGGAUAUUAAUAACCGGAUAUCAGAUCCACCAUGGCGACACCACCCAAGAGGUCCUGCCGUGUUCCCGCCAGCCCGACGCUGAGUGACAGCUUCCGGCGCAAAGAGAAGAAGAUCUCCAUCGAGGGAAACAUCGCUGCAGGAAAGUCUUCGUUUGUGCGUGUCCUCCAGGGGGCGUCAGAGGACUGGGAGGUGAUUCCUGAGCCGAUUGGAAAAUGGUGCAACGUUCAGAACGAGAGCGACGACGUGUCCCAGGAGCUGAGCUCGUCUCAGAAGAGCGGAGGAAACCUUCUGCAGAUGUUGUACGAUAAACCGAGCCGCUGGUCCUACACCUUCCAGAGUUAUGCCUGUCUCAGCAGAGUUCGUUCUCAGCUUCAGUCGCCGUCGAUCAAACUUCAACAAAGUGAAAAACCAGUUCAGUUCUACGAGCGCUCCGUCUACUCGGACAGGUACGUGUUUGCAUCCAACCUGUUUGAGUGUGGAGACCUGUCGGACACGGAGUGGAGUGUGUAUCAGGACUGGCACACCUGGUUACUGAAGCAGUUCACACCUGAGAUCCACCUGGACGCCAUCAUCUACCUGAGAGCACAGCCACAGCGCUGUAUGCAGAGGUUGCUCCAGCGUGGCCGUGAGGAGGAGGCGGGACUUCCUCUUGAGUAUCUGGAGCAGCUUCACUUCAAACACGAGGCGUGGCUUCACCACAGGAGCCUCAGGUUGGACUUUGACUAUCUUAACGAUCUUCCUGUUCUGACUCUGGAUGUUGACGAUGAUUUCAAGAAUGAUCGAAUCAAACAGGAAGUCCUCAUCGACAAGGUCAGAGACUUCCUCACCACGCUGUAGAAUCAUCCACCAAUCACAGCUCAGGAUGGGAGCAGUUCCUGCGUCACAUUCACACCAAGUGGUUUUUUAAAAGAACUCGAUCAGUUUUCAUAUUUUUCUUCUGAUUUGUACAGAUUUAUUUUUAUAUUUUAAAACAUUUUAAAGUGUGUGUGUGUUUUCAUAUAUUAGUGUUUGUAGGAUAAACCAGUUUUUUUACCGUCAGGUUAGGCUGACUGUCCCCACUUGUGACAUCAGACCAGAGUGUGUGUUUGAGUAAUCAUGACCAUGCAUUCAGUUGAAUAAAGAUGUCACACUGGUUUCA